CAACACGUGCAUGUUCGAAACAGUGGUUCGAAACCAAGUCAAACUACGCUUUGACACCUUCAAAGUUAUGUGAAAUGACCGGUGUCGUAUGCAACCAGGCAUUGCUGAUAUCUAAUGUUUCCCCCAAUGAAUACUACAACUGUACAAGAGAUUGCACAAAGAUGACCAUGGUUCGCCAAAAAUCCUGACUUCUUACCAAAAUCUUGAAAGAAAAUAAUGAAUUAGAAUACGAAUCCGAUUUUCAUUACAAUUUUCAAUUCAUCUUAUAGUCAUCUCUAAUGCAAAGACAUUGAAUUGUUCAUGUUUCAUUAUUCUUUCUUAGCUAGCAGGCACAAUGAUUUAGAUCAUUAACAUAGAUCAACAACAGUAGAUCUAUUAUUUUAAUAAUAUCUCAUUCAGAUUCAAACUCAUAGGGCCUCAAUCACCUGUGAGAUUGGAAUCUACAGGAUAUUGAAAGCACCAUUUAUAUGACAAUAUAAAUAAGUAAUGUUCAGUUUUUGUUCAACCUGGUCUGGAUGAAUCGAGACUGCUUUGUGUGUCUAGUAAUAUGUUGAUGAAACUUUUGUCACAUAACAGUAUACAUAAUGAACGUAAUACGGAAGGUUUUGGCGUGUGCCAUAGCGUGUUGGACAGUCACGCUUUACGCUCUGACGAUGCCUAUCCCUUCCUCUUUCGGCUACCACACCACACAGAGGGAUUGCCAGUUCCAUCAGAACAUAUUGAAAAGGUUUCAGUCUUUGUCAGCAUUUGACUGAGAAUCGAAUCAACUCUUGUAACACUCUGUCUUAUUAUUUUCUCAAAUCAUUCUGAUGAAUCGUCACGUUUUUUGAUCUCAGUUUGCGCUAUCAAUCAAAACCAAGGUGUCACAAGUGCGACACCAAAGCUUGUACGUAAAUACCACAGCAUUUAUCAAAGAUUGGUACGAGAGGUACGUGCAUAAGCUCAGUGAGCUAUACAAAGUAGACAAGGGACUUCGAUAGAAUGAUACUAAUAAAUAGCUUCAAGACUCCAAUUGAAAUACUUGGAUUUUUGUUGAUUUUUGGUUGUACUGUUGGAAGAAGUGAUACACGAUAUAUAGAGGGUCUGAAUGUAAAUUUGGGAGAAGCUUUACAAUUUCUGAGAGAGUAUGACCGUGAGGCUUCCACAAUGUGCAACAGAGUUACCACUGGGCAAUGGCAGUUUGUCACCAAUGUGACUGAUAACAAUCGCCGUAAGAUGUUAGAUGAACAAACACUGAAGGCAAAAUUUGAUAGAGCAUCUUGGAGAAAAGCCGUUAGUUUUGCUUGGAGUCGAAUACCAGAUCCCUUGGCAAGACGGCAACUCAAAAUGCUUGCUACUCGUGGACGGAACUCUUUGACUGAUGAUAAAUUCAAUGAGAUUUAUCAUUUGAUUGCUGAGAUGAAAGAACUUUACACUAGAACUAGACUUUGCCCAUAUACAGAAAGCGAUCAGAAUUGUGAUUUGGUUCUAGACCCAGAUAUUAACAAAAUAAUGGCACAGUCAAAAGAUUAUAAAGAAUUAUCCUACUAUUGGAGGGCCUGGCAUGAAGCUAUUGGACCACCCCUAAAAAAUAAGUAUAUGAGAUACGUGCAACUGGCAAAUCAAGCUGCAAGAUUAAAUGGAUUCGCUGAUGCAGGAGACCAAAUGAGAGAAGACUAUGAAGAUGAUUCAUUUCAGCAAAACAUUGCAGAAGUCGUUUCGGCUAUAACGCCUCUGUACAAACAUCUGUUCACUUUUACCAGACGCAAACUGAUAGAUAGAUAUGGAGAUAUAAUAAGAAAAGAUGGUCCACUACCUGCUCACAUCUUGGGCAAUAUGUGGGCACAAAACUGGCAAGGAAUUUAUGACAUAGUGCAACCGUUUCCUGCAGCGAGAAAAUUAGACGUUACUUUGGAUAUGAUGCUACAAGGUUUUACACCAUUGAGGAUGUUUCAGACGGCAGAAGAAUUUUUCACAUCUAUGGGCAUGAUACCAAUGCCACCUGAAUUUUGGAGAUCUUCUAUGUUCGAAAAACCAGUUGGUAGAGAAGUAAAAUGCACAGCAAGUGCAUGGGAUUUUUGUAAUCGCAUCGAUUAUAGAAUAAAACAGUGCACAGCAAUUACAAUGGAAGACUUAUUUUCAACACACCAUGAAAUGGCCCAUCUACAAUAUUACCUUCAAUAUAGAGAUCAACCGUUACUGUUCAGAGAAGAAGCUUUACCAGGUUUCCAUGAAGCUGUAAGUGACGCAAUAGGACUCUCAGUGAUUACCCCACAGCAUUUACAUAGAAUUGGGCUGUACAACAAUUCCACAGAUGACUAUGAAACCAACAUUAAUUUUUUGUUAAUGAUGGCUCUGGAAAAAGUAACUUAUAUACCAUUUGCAUACAUCGUUGACCAGUGGAGAUGGAGGGUGUUCAGCGACGGAGUUGCAGAUAUGACGACAAGAUGGUGGGAGUUACGAUUGCAAUAUCAGGGGAUCGUACCACCUGUAGCCAGAUCAGAAAAUCAUUUUGAUCCAGCAUCAAAAUACCAUGUUCCAGCUGACAUUCCUUAUGUGAAGUAUUUCGUCGGAAUAGUAUUGCAAUUCCAGCUUUUCGAAUCUCUUUGCGAGGUUGCUGGACACACCGGUACAUUACAUACUUGUGAUCUUUAUCGUUCUCGAGAAGCUGGCAGAUUGCUUUCAGAUGUCUUAUCAGCGGGCUCAUCACGGAACUGGAAAGACACAAUAAGAGAAAUGACACGAGGUCGAACAGACCGCCUUGAUGCUGGGGCCAUGCUGAGAUAUUUUGAGCCUUUAGCACAAUGGCUAAGGCGGCAGAAUCAAAUGGAACCGGUGAUUGGAUGGAUAACCAGCCAGGAGGAUACAGAAAUAUUAUCCUCUGUUUCAGCUCUCUUUGCACACUGGUACAAAGGUGGAUGUAAUUGUCUAAAACCAUCUUUGAUGAUUCUCGCAAUGAUAUUCAAUACUUUUUAUUCCUUUAUGUAAAUCAAGAUCGACAUAUGGUGAUGUCAAUGUAUAUGUAUAUAGAUACGCUAAUUAUUUAUUUCAGAAUAUUUAUUAGGAAUUCUUUUAAUAUUGAAUCAUUUCACCGUUAUUAUAAGAUGAAGCUUAUGAAGGAAGGAAAU